AUGUCGCGCGUCCCAGACAAGAAGCUAACCCCAACAUCAGAUGAACCCCGACGCUCCGGCCGAGCAACCAAAGGCCAGCACAAGAACCUCGAAUUACCUGAAGGCGUCGGCAAGAAAGGCAAGGGAAAAAGCCCGAAGGACAAGAACGCGAAAUCCUCCGCCGAACCUACCCCCGGUCCCAGCGAAGGAGGAGAGGAAGAUGAAGAAGAGCUCAUCCGGUGCAUUUGCGGCAAAUACGAAGAAGAAGAGGAUGUGGAACGCGAUAUGAUCUGUUGCGAUAAUUGCUCAGCGUGGCAACACAACGACUGCAUGGGCCUCACGUUCACCAAAGGCCAUGAACCGGAUCUUUACUAUUGUGAAAAAUGUCGACCCGAGAACCACAAAAUCUUACUGGCAAAAAUCGAAGCUGGGGAGAAACCAUGGGAAGAACUUGCCAACAAGCGCCGUCAAGAGGCAGAGGAGAAGAAGUCCAAGCGCAAGAAGGGCAAGAAAGGUGGCCGCAAAGCCAGACCAAGUGAGAGCAGAACAGAUGCCAGUACGCCCGUUCACACUGCACCUUCCGCUACCCCAGGUCCCAUUGGCUCGCCCGCGCCCGGUGUGUCCGUGUCUGCGUCCGCGGAGCCAGAGAAGAAUGACCAGGCUAGUGAUUCUCGGCGGUCCAGCACUAAUAAGCGCAAGCUUGAAGAAUCAGUCGAGGUAGAGAACGUAUGCGAUACCUUCCUGUCACAACGUUGGUCGAAUUAUACUAAUAGGCUAUUCCAACAGGGACCACAAAUCAAACAGCAACGGAUAUCCCCAUCCUCAAUCCCUGCAGCUAUCCCGCAGGCAGCUGAUGCUGGCGAGGCACCUGCGAUCCCGAGCCUGGAUGAGCUGAUGCCCUCCCGCAAGAGUGUGGCUACACAUCUCAUCAAGUUCUUUGUAGACCAGGUCACCGUCGCCCUAAAAGCAGGCUCCCUGACACUGCGCGCAAACCAGUCAUCUGAGGACCUGGCACACCAGCUUGGCCUUUCCAUUGAAGAUGCCAUGUAUGAGAAUAUCUGUCAAAGGACAGGUGAGCCCAGUGAACCAUAUAAGUCACAACUUCGCUCGAUUAUGUUCAACGUAAAGAAGAACAUUUCCUUGCGAGACCGCUUGCUUGUCGGCAGUCUCUCCCCGAAGGUGUUGUCUCAAAUGACUUCCGGUGAAAUGGCGAGCGAGGAACUGCAGCAGAAGGAUGCAGAGAUCAAGCGAGAAGCCGAACGUCAACACAUGAUUAUUCAAGAACAAGGCCCCCGCAUUCGCCGCACACACAAGGGAGAAGAGUUGAUUGAGGAUGAGAAUCAUGGCGCGAACGAGUCCGUAUUUUCCAGUGGACCCCGUCGUGCUCCCGGAGAGGCCGAGGGUAGUCCUACAGAUGGCGCUCCAACAAGCCCAAAAGGACCUCAACAUGCCAACCCCGACGGUUUCGCUCGGGCUCCUUCGCCGGGGGGCAAUCACCACGAAGAUGUUUUCCCCGAGGUUGCUCCCAAUAUUCGCGAGCCUGUGCCGCACGGCAAGGUCCAGGCCGAUGCCGAGAUCGACCAACUCCUGCGAGACGAUGAACCCGAAUCCCCGCCUUACUCACCCAAGGACUUCAACGACGAUGGAAUCAUCUGGCGUGGCAAGGUCACCAUGCCUCCCAUCGGAGAAUUUUCCUCGGCAGCUAAACAUGUCGGAGGCGCCGACUUGAGUGGUCGCAUUCCAUGGAGUCAACUGGCCCCGUCUACCUUGUUCGUUGAUGGUCGCAUUGAUAUCAAACGAGCCACUGAGUACCUCUGUGGCCUUCAGUUCAGCAAAUCAACCGAUGUCUCGGUGAUUGCAGUCACCAGCCCUGACCAGGCUGAGCAGAAAGCUGGUUUCGAUAAGAUGUUCGACUACUUCCACAGUCGUGGUCGAUACGGUGUGAUUGGCAAGCACCCCUUGUCCGCCGUCAAGGACACAUACCUUGUUCCUAUGGAGGUUGGAACCACCGCGAUGCCCGAAUUUAUUGAGCUCCUUGAGAACAUUUCCUUGGAGGGACCAAUCACCGAGCGCAUGCUUCUCACCAUCUUCGUAGUUAAGACGGGAGAGUCCAACCCCCCAUCUGUGCAACCGCCAUCACACCAAGCUAGCCAAGAGCCUGCCGUCUCCGCGAGCCCUCUGACAGCCGUUGCGUCAACACCUCAGCAGCCCCAAUUCAGCUCCGCAAUGGCUCCUACCCCACCUCACCAAUUCGCUGGAUACAACCAGAACACCACACAACAGCCCCAAACCUCUAGCUCCCUGACUGGGCUUCCCGCCGCACUUCAAGUGCUGGGCCCACAAAGCGACGCCCCGGCCAUUCAGCAGUUGUUGAAGACUGCGCCUAAUGUGGAUACAACGCAACUCAAAGUUGUCCGUGAUAUCUUGAACCGACAGCCUAGUGCUGCAGACCACUAUGACACGUUGAUGCAUGCUCUCUUCCAGACUCAGGCAAAUGGUGGCCAGGUCCCCCAGUAG